GUGUGUGCAGGUGAGCGGCAGUGGAAGAAAACAACGACGGACCAAAAACGUAUUGUCACAACAGCUGUCAGACAUGACUUCUAUACAACUUGUACACUAAUAUGAUCCAAGGUUGACAUGAAAUCCACCAUGGGGAAUUUAGGGGUAUGCUGUUCCAACCUCAAGGACAACAAAGCCCUGAUGAAGAUGGGGCUGGGGCUGGUGCUGGUGGGCCAUGUUAACUUCCUUCUUGGAGCGCUGGUGCACGGCGCUGUGCUCAGGCACAUCAAUGUGCACUCUCUGGCCCGGACCAUGGUGUACGCCAUCUCUAAUGUCAUUGCUAUUGUAGCAGGCCUGGUGGGAAUUAUUGGUGGAAUAACUGCCAUCGUCCUGUCCAAAAACAAGAGGAACAGGAUCCUGCAGUGGGUCCUUCUGGUCUUCAGCUUCCUGGCAGGUCUCUUGUCGGUCGCCUCCACCCUGGGCUUGUCAGUAUCAAUGGUGAAAGCCAUCAUUAACAAAGGACGGGGCCUGCUAACACACUGCACGUUUUCUGGCGAGGAUCACAGCUCUUCCAGCAUCACGUACGAAUGCCCCUUCGACCCCACCCGGAUCUAUGGCACCACAAUCAUUCUGUGGGUGCCUCUCAUCUUGAUAUCGCUGGUGGAAAUGGUGUUUUCCUUCCGCUGCUUUGCUGCCUGUACGUCAUUCCUCUACCUCUGUCCGUGCAGGAGGCGGCCGACCCGGGGCAGGAGAUUUCAGGCGCAUGGCCAGGGAGCUGUUGAAACGCCGCCAUCGCCUCCAGAACGAGAUCCAGAGAGCGAUGCUGGAACUGAGCCUGCAGAGCAGGAUGAACUGCUGGACGACACUGCAGUGGAGCAGAGUGCAUGGCUCUGAAGCAGCUAAACCUAAUGAUAGGUUGCAAACUGCUUGUCCUGACUGGAUGACAUGAAACAUCUGAAGGUUUUGUAUUGAGCGUGUCUGUUACAGAUUAUAUGUCUGAAGAAGAAAGACAUUUGUUCGACUUGAAGUCAGCAAUGGCAUUUUAUUUCUCUGAUAAAAUACUGCCGUUGGUUUGGUUUUAAAAUAUGAGAUAUUGUUUGUAUGUAUUGGGGUAUUGUCUUGAAAAUAAAUAGAGCACUGUCACCUGUAUCUUGAAUUUGAAAGACAUUAAAUGUAGCAGAGUCAAUCAUUUUAUCAGACGUAACACUUUAUAAACAAUCUUAUUUCGAAAAAUGUUAAAACAAAACUACGUAACUUUUCAGGGCAGUUUUUAUUGGUGUAAAAAAGUGUUCAAUGCACACUGGGGUCUGUCAGAUUUAAAUGACACUUUUCAGAAUACAAAUAUAUACAACAAAUUAAUUCUGUACUCUGGAUAUUUAAGUCCAAAUUUAAGUGGAAUCUAAGCCUGACACCAGCAAUUAAUGUGACAGGACCCAAACAAUUUCUAUAUUUUGUGGCAGGAGUCCGAAAAAGAUGAAGACGUCAAUGUUUAAAAGGACACAUACUAAAUUACGACCUAAAAUAUAGAACUGUAAUUUCACUUGCCUUGUGCCAUGUAAAAAAAGCUAUUCAGGUAUACACAACCCUCUUAACCCCUCUUGGUGACCUUAGCAGAGACACAAAUGUAUUACAGAAAAGGAUCUAUUGUAUAAACAUGCUUCAACUGCAUUUUUUUAAAGACACAUGACACAAGUGGGACUGUAAGACAUAACAGAGUAGCCAAAAAUAUCUAUGAUUUAAAUAAAUUAAAUCCAUCAGAUAUAAAAGCAUACAUGUACUAAGCCAUUUUUACAGAGUUACAUCACAAGGGAAAAGCAAAAGUCAUAGAAUAAAAAGAUUAAUAAAAAAUGAAAAAGCAUACAAAAAACAAUACUCAGUUUGACCUCAGUCCAUAAACGGGUACGGUUGAAAAGGUGUCCUAGAAAACAUUUGGAUCCCCCAUCCCAUUCUGAGGGGGGUGGGGUCUCAUUACAAAGAUAUAGUUCUUCACGUACUUCGACAGCAGCAGCCUGGAAAGAUGUUUUAUUCAAAACAAUCUCGCUUUAAGAUGCGUUCUGAUCCGUUGCCUUGGCAUCAAUGGCUGCUGAGGACCUCAGGGUGUCUUGGACUCCUCUUUUGGCCUAAAAGGA